UCCCAAAAACACCUCUUUCUAUCAACCCCCUUUUCCAUUCCCCCCCUGCUUAAUUAGGGUUCUUGAUUUUAAACCCUAGAUCUUCAAAUUCUCCACUCCACCAAUACCUUAAUCCUCAACAUUUUAUUCUUCAAUCCAUACUCAUAUUUGUGAUGAUCACACCCAUACGCACAAAUUAAAGAACUCGAUGGACUUCGAUGGAGGAAAACGAGUGUUCAACAGAUUAGGGCCCAAUCAGCAGACCGAUAACCGAAACCAGAAAGUGUGUUUUCAUUGGAGAGCGGGGAACUGCAACCGGUUUCCCUGUCCCUUUUUACAUAGGGAGUUGUCGGCUCCGGCUAAUGGCACGGCGUCGUCUAAGAGGCCGUACGGAUUUGCGACGGAUGAUCAACGGUCGACGAUGGCACGACGGGGCGGUGGUGGUUUUAAUACGUGGGGUAGGGGUGGUGGUGGAAGAGGAGGGAAUGUGUUGAAUAAUAAUGUAGUGAAGAAAGAUAAGAUUUGCAACUUUUGGGUACAAGGUAGUUGUAGUUAUGGCGAAAAGUGCCGGUAUUUGCAUUCGUGGUGUACAGGCGGUUGUUUCGCGAUGCUGACACAGCUUGAAGGUCACCAGAAGGUUGUUAGUGGUAUUGCACUACCAGUUGGGUCUGAUAAAUUGUACACAGGGAGUAGAGACGAGACUGUGCGGGUUUGGGAUUGCCAAUCUGGACAGUGUGCAGGGGUUAUUAAAGUGGGUGGUGAAGUGGGCUGCAUGCUCAGUGAAGGCCCAUGGAUGUUUGUGGGUCUGCCAAACCUUGUCAAAGCGUGGAAUGUGCAAACUUCUGCCGAGCUGAGUCUUAAUGGACCUGUUGGGCAAGUCUAUUCACUGGUUGUAGGAAACGAUUUACUAUUUGCUGGUACACAGGACGGGAGUAUAUUGGCGUGGAAGUAUAAUGCUGCUAGCAACUGUUUUGAACCAGCUGCAUCACUUCAAGGUCACACAUCAGCCGUUGUGACACUGGUUGUUGGAGCUAACAGAUUAUAUUCUGGUUCCAUGGACAAAUCUAUACGGGUUUGGAACCUUGAGAAUUUGCAGUGUCUUCAGACGUUAACAGAUCAUCGUGAUGUUGUGAUGUCUGUUCUUUGCUGGGAUCAAUUUCUUUUAUCAUGUUCAUUGGACAAAACGAUAAAGGUGUGGGCAGCUACAGAAAGUGGGAACUUGGAAGUAACUUACACACAUAAUGAGGACCAUGGCCUGCUCAAUUUAUGCGGGAUGCAUGACCUAGAAUCUAAGCCGGUCUUGCUAUGCUCUGGCAAUGACAACACUGUUCGUGCAUAUGACCUGCCAUCGUUUGCCGAGAGGGGAAAGAUAUAUGCAAAACAAGAGAUUCGAUCUAUACAUGGCGGUCCUAACAUUUUCUUCACCGGAGAUGGAACAGGAGAAGUGAGAGUUUGGCAGUGGUUAGCGGACCAAUCAGCCACAACCACACCUGCUUAGCUCUCUGUUAUAUUUAACCGCCAUAUUGAGUUUUUUUUUUUUUUUUUUUUUUUUUUUUUUUAUUUUUUUUUUUUUUACGGUUCUGUUGUGUAACAUAAUUAUGGAGUUAUGGUCGGCUUUACAGUCGAUGGAAGUGUGCCCAGAGAAGGUUAAUUGAGGUGUAGGUUUUUGUUGGUAGAGUUAUACAUUGUAACAUUUUGGACAAUUGUAACAUCAGGUGAGUUUCAUAAUGGAAGUUUUUUUUUUUUUUUAA